GUACGUCGGGUUGCCUGUUGCUAGGGGCGUUUCGACAAGAACAACGAGUUCAGGGUGUACUUUUGUAAUAUACACAUUUAAUUUACAAUUUACACAUUUGAAUCAGUGAAUAUUUAACUAUAAAGUCUAUUAUAACCUUAAGACUUGAGAAAAAUCAAGUGUGUACUUAAACAUCAUUUUCUGUCAGGAUAUUUUACUGUUAAAGUAACUGAAAAAUCAUGUUCAGACCAGGGACUGGUUCGAUCAUAGUUUUAAGUCAGAAUACCAAACGGGAUUCCGGCCGAAAAGUUCAGAGAGAAAAUAUCGAAGCCGGCAAGGCGAUUGCAGAUGUCAUUAGAACAUGUCUUGGACCACAAGCAAUGUUAAAAAUGUUGAUGGAUCCAAUGGGAGGCAUUGUUAUGACUAACGAUGGAAAUGCUAUUUUACGCGAAAUCACUGUCCAACAUCCAGCUGGAAAGUCAAUGAUUGAAAUUGCUAGAACUCAAGAUGAAGAAGUUGGAGACGGUACCACAUCGGUUAUUGUACUGGCAGGAGAAAUUUUAGCUACCGCAGAACCUUUCUUGGAGCAAAAUAUGCAUCCAACAGUUAUCAUAAGAGCAUUUCGUGAAGCUUUGGAAGACAUGGUGAUCAUCCUCAAUGAGAAAGUUAGCAUAGACUUGGAUUGUAACGACAGAGAGAAAUUGAUUCAAGUGAUAAAUGCUUGCGUAGGAACUAAAUUCAUUGGUCGUUGGCCUGAAUUAGCAUGCCAGAUUGCUUUGGAUGCAGUUAAUACUGUUAAACUUGAGGAAAAUGGUAGACGAGAAAUAGAUAUAAAGCGUUAUGCAAAGGUGGAAAAAAUUCCUGGCGGUACUAUAGAAGAAAGUACUGUUCUUAAAGGGGUGAUGAUUAAUAAAGAUGUGACGCAUCCGAAAAUGAGACGAUACAUUAAGAAUCCUAGAAUAGUUUUGCUGGAUUGUCCUUUAGAAUAUAAAAAGGGCGAAUCGCAAACUAAUAUCGAGAUAAUGAGAGAUACUGAUUUCACUAGGAUUUUGGAAUUGGAGGAAGAACACGUUAAAAAAAUAUGCGAAGAGAUUAUAUCUGUAAAACCAGAUGUAGUCAUUACCGAGAAAGGAGUAUCAGAUUUGGCCCAACAUUAUCUCGUGAAAGCUGGAAUUUCUGCUAUUCGUAGAUUGAGAAAAAGCGAUAUUAACAGAAUCGCAAGAGCUUGUGGCGCAACCGUCGUUAAUCGUACGGAAGAAUUGCAAAAUGAAGAUGUCGGUACCAAAGCUGGUCUUUUCGAAAUUAAAAAAAUUGGAGACGAUUACUUCUGCUUUAUUACGGAAUGUAAAGACCCUAAAGCAUGUACUAUAAUCUUGAGAGGUGCUAGUAAAGAUGUAUUAAAUGAAAUCGAAAGGAAUUUGCAAGAUGCUCUUCAUGUUGCAAGAAAUCUUCUCAUUGAACCCAAAUUAGUACCAGGUGGAGGAGCUGUGGAAAUGGCAGUAUCAAGACUUUUGACAGAACAAGCGGAAAAAUUGGAUGGCGCGGAACAAUUGCCUUAUAAAGCUUUAGCGCAAGCCUUGGAAAUAAUUCCAAGAACUCUUGCACAGAACUGCGGAGCUAAUACGAUUAGAACGUUGACCGCGUUACGUGCAAAACACGCCACUGAAGGAAUGACAUGGGGUAUCGACGGAGAAACUGGUCAAUUAGUAGACAUGAAAGAACGCGGCAUUUGGGAGCCUUUGUCUGUUAAGUUACAAACAUAUAAAACAGCUAUCGAAACUGCUAUUUUCUUGUUACGAAUCGAUGACAUUGUCUCAGGAAGCAAGAAGAAGAAAGAUAAUGAGUCUACAGCACCUGCACAAGUCACAGAAGAAUCUAUGAAAGAAUAAAAUUACUAAAUUUGGUUGCGCUCGAAAUGCUUUUAUAUUUGUGUUAACAUUUAAUAACUCAUGUCCACGAUAAUUUUAUUCGAACUCGAUUCAUGUUCAUGAAAGGCAUUAUUUGCUUAUCUGUAUGCAUUUUCACAUAAUAAAAAUACUUUGAUAAGUUAUUAAAGCA